UACGAUUAAAAGGAAAGAUCUGAUUGGACGAUAAGUACCGACAUUCUCCUUUGUUCGUUCUUUUAUUUUUUUGACAUAAACUAUAAAUUGUUGUUGGCGUAUGUUUCAUGAAGUUUUCCACAACUUCUGGUCAAAGAUAAUUCAGUGGACGGUCCUUUCUAGAGAAACCGUUAGAAGAAUCCGUUGUGUUUCCGUUUGAACAAUCUAGUGCACAUCAGUCAUCUAAGUGCGCGAACCACUCCCGGCUGGUCUUAACGUGUUACUACCGCGAGAUAACAAAAUGGCUGUAAAUGUGUAUGCAACAAAUGUGACCACAGAUAAUCUAAGUCGUCAUGACAUGUUGGCAUGGGUUAAUGAUUGUCUGCAAUCAUCGUUCACCAAAAUUGAAGAAUUAUGUACAGGAGCUGUUUAUUGCCAAUUCAUGGACAUGCUCUUUCCUGGAAGUGUACCUUUGAAGAGGGUAAAGUUCAGGACUAAUCUUGAACAUGAAUAUAUACAGAAUUUCAAAAUUCUUCAAGGUGGUUUCAAAAAGAUGAGCGUCGAUAAGAUAGUGCCAAUUGACAAGCUGGUGAAAGGCAGGUUCCAAGACAACUUUGAAUUUUUACAAUGGUUCAAGAAGUUUUUUGAUGCUAAUUACUCAGGAGCAGAACCCUAUGAUGCCCUUGCUAUGCGAGGAGGUGAAGCUAUGGGUAGUGGUGGAAAUACUGCACCACGUGGCUCCUCUAAUGUGAAGCGUCCUACACCUCGUGAAGUAAACCAAGCUAAACCUACCGCUCGUACUGGUGAUGGAACUCAAUCCGUACAGGCACCUAUUAUGAAGCCUUUAAACAAACCUAUGAAUAAAGCUCAACCAUUCCGCCCCCAACAAAAGACCGGAACAGCAAAUCGUGGAGAUUCCGAAAAAGUAGAAGAGCUUAGUGCACAGCUUGUGGAGCUCAAAAUGUCGAUCGAUGGUUUAGAAAAAGAAAGAGAUUUCUACUUUGGAAAAUUACGUGACAUAGAAGUAAUAUGUCAAGAUUGUGAGAAUGGUGAUCACCCUCCCAUUAUACAAAAAAUAUUAGACGUUCUAUAUGCAACAGAGGAUGGAUUUGCACCGCCGGAAGAAUUAGAGGGAGAUGGUUUGGCCCCUGACGAUGAGGAAGAGUAUUAACAUUUUUUUACUAUCAUAAAAACAAGGACACAGUAAAUCAUCCAAGUGCAUCCUCCCUGUUUAUUAUAUCUGCGAGCCAGUACCAGUACUCCUUGCAUAAUUAAUAAGUCACUCUGUAUAGUUGUUCAAUUAUUUGUGCGUAAGUUUUGUUGCUAAUGUUUACGGAGUUUCAUAAGGAUUUGCACGAGAAUUAAGGCCCGACACUUCUAUAGUGCACUAGAGUACUUGUACUUGUCGUGUUUUCUUUUUUUUCCUUUAUAUACUUGCAGUAUUUCUGUUCUUCUUAAUAACUAGUAACACAUACAACAAAUUUAUUGAUUGGUAUAUAAUUUACUUCUAAUUAUUAUUUCCUUUUUAACAACGUUGUUUGUGUUUAUAAAAAAAUUAAAAGGAAGUGAUAAUUAAGUAGGAAAUAAAAUAAUUAGUAGUAAAUUAUACAAUACACAAUAAGUUCUUCAUUAUAUACCGGCUGCCAUGUUUUUGGAGAUUUAUCAUAAUAAUCAUAUUUUAUUGAGUUAAAUGAAAUUCAUAAAUAUUUAUAUUUCACAAAGUAGCCUGAAUUGUGAUGCAACGAGUAUGUUAAUUGUUUAUUUUGUCUCUGUAAAGUGCAAAGUGCGUUUCUGUUUAUAAUUGCACUCUACAUAUGUGUCGAUAAACGUCGAAGCUUCUAUAUUUUGUUUUAUCAAAUGUCUAUAUUUUUAGAAUAUUAUGCUGUUAAUCAACAGUUAAAUGUUAAUAAUGUCACUUGAGGCAUCACUUCGCGUGCAAUUCAAAUGAAGAUUGAAGUCCAUUUUUUGAUGUGAGAUAGUGCUCUACGCCAAUUAUAUCGCGAUGUUGAUUUUAAUUUUUGUAAUAUAACUGGAAUAUAUGUAAGAAAGUUUUAGUAUUUUGUGGUGCAAGAUUUAAAAAAAAGAAAAGAAAUAUAUCCUAGUGAUUCUUUCGUCAUUAACGAUGCGAUGGCACAAUACGCAUAAAUAAGAGUAAAGUUCAAUAUGAAAGAAUUUCAAACGAAAUCGUAGAAUUAGUCGCAAGUUUUUUAAGAAAAAACCUUCUUUUAUAUCAUAUUCUCUAUACUUAGGUUGAAAAAUAUCUAUUUACAUAUUAUUAAAUUUACCCUUUACAACUUAUUAUAUGCUAUACUUUUAUUAAUAACAUUUGAUAUAUAUCGAACGUUCUGAAAAUAAUUGAACAGUCCUUUUAAGUCAUUUUCUUGAUUCACUAACCUAAGUCAGAUUAAUGAGACGAACAUGUUUUACACGAUCUCACGUUGGACAAUAUACUAUUCAUCUUAAUGAUAAUAAUAAUAAUACUACUACUACUACUACUACUAAUAAUAAUAAUAAUAAUAAUAUUGAUAUUAAUAAUUAAAAUAAUAAUAUUAAUAGAAAAAUUCGCUAAACGCUUCUGGUGUCAAAUUUCCAUCGAUUGCAAGAGAUGUGAGUUUAUCAACUCACCCGUUUUAUUUAUUUCAAUUAAUGUAUGUAUGAUAAUAAUUAUUGUUAGAGCAGUGCACGUGAUUAAGGAAAAACAAAAAAGAAAAAAAAAAGGAAAUUACUCAUUAUUAAUGCUAAAUCGAAUCUUAUGGAAAAUUCUCAAUUGCGCGCAAAGCGGUUUUGAAUGUUACAAUGAAUGUACUACUUUUUUGAAUGCUAUUAUGAAAUAGCUCUAUAUAUAAAAAGAAAAAAGGAAACGAAAAAAAAAAAGUAACAUAAUACGCAAUGUUUCUUGAGGAUAUAAAUUUAUAAAGUUGUGUGAUAAAAAAUACUAGGAGGUGGAAGAAAACAAAAAUAUGUAUGAAAGGAUGAAAAGCAUGGAAGAUUAAUCAAACGCGUGUAUGAUGAUGGUAUGCAUCGUGUAUUACGUGUGCUCUUGCAAAUUUAAAAUUCAAUCUUCGAAGGGGAUUGAGAGAAAAGGAAGUGGCUGAAAUUGGGUUUGUUACAAAUUCCAUGUAAAAGAUUAAAAAGACAUCAAUAAUUUUUAAACGAUUGUCUUAACAAAAAAAAAGAAGAAGAAAAAAAGGAACUGAAGAAAUGUUUCGCCUAUAUUGUCGAAGUACAAUUAAAGAGAAUCAAUCAAUACUAUACGUACGACUUGCUCUGAAUAAUUUUUUUUUUAAUAAAAGAUAUAAUUCUUUAGUUUGUUUUUUCAGCUUGCGCCUUAUUCGUUCGUAUAUGUAUAUGUGUACAACAAAGUUAUUAAAUAACACGGUUGUGCUUUGAAACUGCAUUCAACGAUGUAAUAAACGUUUAAUAAAAUUAAUAUGGGCGCUGUUACACGUAAUUUGUUUGCAAUUUUUCUAUUGAAAAGGAAAAAAAUGAGAAAAAAAAAAA